UCUUUUUAUACCACACUGUAACGUUUUAAAAAUGGCGACGGGAUAUUGUGAUGAUGCAUGAUGCUUGAAAAGUUAGGUUAAUAUCCGUGAAGACGAAUCACCGGGUCUUUUCCGAAUCGAGUGUUCCUUAUAAUUUAUUCGCGAAUCGUCACGUUAAAAGAAACACACCAUGGCUCAAAGCAGAUUAGAAAAAAUUGGUACGGUUUAUAGCAGGUGAGUGGUCAUCUCGUUAUUAAAGGGUAAAGCUAUGAAAGAGGAAGACAAACCGUUAUGGUUGGCAGUGUACGAGGCUUUCCCUCCGAAAUACGAACCUAGAUACAAUAGACGACUGCCAAAGAAAGAAAUCAGACCUAUCUUUUAUGAAGAGGAUUUAAUUCGAGUAAGAUUCCACAAAGAUAAAAACUUUAUACCAGCUACUAAUUUAGCAAAUGAAAAUGUAAAAUCUGCAACACAAAAUUUUCUAUCUAUGUACAAAACAACAAAAGAGCAGGAAGAAUUGUCGGAAGAUAGUGUCUAUAAAAAGGCAAUGCAACAGUAUACUUUAGAGGUAGAAACAAGAAUGUCAAAGAAAGUAGAGACUAAACCACCUAAUAUAUUUAAGUGAUUAUAAAAUGUAUUUUUUUUGUAAAUAAAGACCUUGUUAUUUAAUG